CUGAAGGAGGUCACAAGUGUGAAAGUCUCAAGAGAGGAGCGGAGACACUUUGUGACACUUUUCUAAAUGUCUUAGAGCUCCACAAUUCAGUGAUCACGGAAGGCCACCGCAGUCUGAUCCUUCUCAGGGCCCCGGGAGUGGGCAGGUGUCCUGUGAAUCAUCCAACUGUAGCCGGCGCCUCCCUGGUCGGCCGCUUCGUGUCGAAUUACACCUGCUCGGUAAACAGGUGUUGGACUCCAAAGUUACUUCCAAAUCACUUCAUGGACGAAGAAAAAGUUCACGUCAGCGAUGCGAGGGGACGUCUGAGGCACAAUUAAAUAAAAAAAGACACUGAGAGCAGGACAGAGACACAAAAAAAAAAAAAAAAAAAACGAAGGUAAACACAACCUGCAUGGUGCGUCCAACCCACUGGAAAAACCAGAAGAACACCUGGGAGUGCAAAUUUAAAAAUAAAAGAGGCGCAGGGAUGGCGACGGAGCAGACCCACCCACUGACCAAAUAAAAAAAAAGUAAAAUAUAAAAAACGAAAGAAGGAAACGAAAACAAAAUUCAAGACACGAACCUUAAACAGCGGACAUCCGAGUGCUGCGUGCCGUCUGACGUUUGUACAUUUCGAACGAAGAAGCAAAGGGAGCGACAACUCAAGCCCAUCAUUUUCAAGACGACGCAAUGGCGGACACUCAAAAUUCUGGCAGUACUUUGCCUUCAGGGGGUCAGGUAUGCAAGUCCAUCCCAGAUGUCCUGAUGAUUCCAGAAAUUAUUAUCGGAGGUGCUGUUUGGAUCCUGGUGGCCAUCACUAAAGUUCUCGUUCAGAUCAACCAAGGCUGGGUGAUGUUUGGCUCAAUUUUUCUUUUUUUCUUCUCCCUGCUGUUUUUGAUUGGCCUGCUCAUCGGAUUUCAGAAGGGGGCACACUUUUGGAAAGUCCUGGAUGUGAUUUAUCACGCCAUUGCUGCUGGCAUAUAUUUCAGUGUUGCUGUCCUUCAGGCGAACGCUACAUUGGUGCUUCACGAUAACGGAUUCAGUGCUACUCCUGAAUAUAAGCUCAAUGUCGCCGCCACAGUGCUCUCCUUCAUCGUCACGCUGAUUUAUGUUGUCCACGCUGCACUUUCCUUCAAAAGAGCGAAAUGAGGAAUACCCAGGGAUAAGGAAAGAAGCCAACGCUGAAACGCACCCAAGGAAAAACAUCAGUUUGUUUAAUUUUUUAUUUAGAUCUGCAAUGAGACUCUGCUUUGUAACGAGAUUCAUAAAGGAAGAAAUACAUGAAGACAAACUUAAUGGACGCCUGGCCAAUGUCAGCUCUUCAGCCCGACGCAACUCUUCAUUUCUUUGUUGCCCAAAACAGAAAGCAGGAAGAGGAAUUAAAUUACACGGUAAUAAUAAAAACAACAAGAACAGAAGUUUCAGUCAUUUCUGGAAACAGUGAUGUCCCACAUGUUAACAAUUGAGACAUUUCAUGAUGAAAAUGCUUUGUCUUUUUUCCCAAUUCUGUUCACAUCUCUUAAAUCUCUGCUUAUAAAAAAUGGCUCAUUAAUGGAGAAAGCUGACCUUGACGUGCAUGUGGGGGGACGUCACAUGAAGCAGGACCUCCGCAUUAAAGUGCCAUGUCGGCUGUGUCUGCUGGUGCUGGGGGUGUGGCCUCUGCUUAGGGAGACACGCCCACCCAGAAGGGGAGGGGUCUUUAUGUUCAGUUUGUUUGAUUACUUAAAGCUGACGUUUUUGAGAUUACAUAUCUAGAUUGACAUCACUGAAUCUCUCUCGGCCAAAUUUGUUAUAGGAGAAGACCACUGGCUAGAUUUCCUUUAGAAACUUAGCGAGUGCCCCCAGAAGUAGCAUGGUACAACUGCCAGUUUGUGUGUGUAAAUCCACCUUAAUAAAAAGAUAAAAGUG